GAGGAGCGAUGGCGGCGGCCUGAACUCACCUCAGCGGCGCUGUCGGCUGGGAUCGGGCCUGGUCAGGGUCGGGGUUCUCUUGAGUGGAACAGUAGAUUUGCACCUCUGGACUCAUCACUCAUCCCACUGUGUUUUCUGGUUCCAUGGCUAGUUAUUGGCUCUUACAGACCGGAUGAAGCAGACUGGAGAUAGAAGUGGAGAAGGCCUCCAACUGGUGGAUUCUCCAAGUGAGGUCCCCUGGCUGCUGGCCUUGACCAGCCUGCCUCAUGGAGAGAAUGAACUGGCUGAGCAGACUGGCUUCCCGGGGACCAGGGCCUCGUGUACCUCAAGGGACAAGUCCUCAGACUCCUGUCAUGGCUGACCCUGAGACCUGCCUCAUGGUCUUCAAGAAUCACUGGUCCCAGGUGGUGCGAAUCCUGGAACGGCAAGGCCCUCGGGCAGCAGAUGAUCUCAGUGCUGUUCGCAACCACACUUACCAGAUGUUGACACUGCUGGCAGAGGAUCGUGCCAUAUCCUCAGUGCACCCAACCCCUGGGCCCCUGCUGGAAUUUGCUCUGCGUGAAGAUCUGCUAACUCGAGUGUUAGCCUGGCAACUUAAGUGGGAUGAACUUGGGGAUGGGGUGGAGGAACGGCGCGCUGAGCAACUAAAACUGUUUGAGAUGCUAGUGAGUGAAGCACGUCAGCCACUGUUGCGGCAUGGUCCAGUUCGUGAAGCUCUGCUGACCUUGCUGGAUGCCUGUGGGCGUCCUGUGCCCAGUAGUCCAGCAUUGGAUGAAGGCCUGGUGCUACUUCUCAGCCAGCUAUGUGUGUGCCUGGCCCGGGAACCUUCAUUACUCGAGUUUUUCCUGCAGCCGCCACCAGAACCUGGAGCUGCCCCUCGUCUUCUCCUUUUUUCUCGCCUUGUCCCCUUUGUCCAUCGAGAGGGUACCCUGGGUCAACAGGCCCGAGAUGCUCUACUCCUACUCAUGGCUCUGUCAGCUGGGAGCCCCACUGUCGGUCGCUACAUUGCAGAUCACUCUUACUUCUGCCCGGUGCUGGCCACAGGGCUGAGUGCCCUGUACUCCUCACUGCCUCGAAAGAUUGAGGUUCCAGGAGAUGAUUGGCACUGCCUACGACGGGAGGAUUGGCUGGGAGUGCCAGCCCUUGCACUAUUCAUGAGUUCUCUUGAGUUCUGCAAUGCUGUCAUUCAGGUAGCUCACCCUCUGGUGCAGAAGCAGCUGGUGGAUUAUAUUCAUAAUGGGUUCCUAGUGCCUGUCAUGGGUCCUGCCCUGCACAAAACUUCUGUGGAGGAGAUGAUCGCCAGUACCGCCUAUCUGGAACUUUUUCUACGGAGUAUCUCUGAGCCUGCCUUGCUCCGUACUUUCUUGCGAUUCCUGUUGUUACAUCGGCAUGACACUCACACCAUCCUUGACACCCUUGUUGCACGUAUUGGCAGCAACUCCCGGCUCUGCAUGGUCUCUUUGAGUCUCUUCAGGACCUUACUGAACCUCAGCUGUGAGGAUGUUCUGCUUCAGCUGGUUCUCAGGUAUCUUGUCCCAUGUAAUCAUGUGAUGCUAAGCCAGAAGCCAGCAGUGCGUGAUGUGGACCUGUAUGGACGAGCUGCUGACAAAUUUCUCUCCCUAAUCCCACGAUGUUGUCGGCACAGUGCCCCCAGCCCACCCCGUCCAGAGCAUGCCUCUUGGGCAAGAGGUGGGCCUAGCAGAGAAGAAGGGAGAAGGGAGGAUACCACGGGCCCUGGAAGCCCAAGUGUUGACUCUUCUUCUGUAGUGACAGUGCCCCGACCAGCUACACCAUCUCGCCUGGCCUUCUUCUUGCGACAGCAGAGUUUAGGUGGCUCUGAGUCUCCAACCCCAGCCCCUCGCUCACCAGGGCUUACUGGAUCUCCAGCCUCCAGCCCUAGUCGACGGUCCAGCCCUGCAGAGGAGCCUGGUGAGCUGGAAGACAAUUACCUGGAGUAUCUGCGUGAGGCACGUUGUGGUGUGGACCACUGUGUCCGAGCCUGCCGUACCUGGUCUGCCCCCUAUGAUGGCGAGCGACCUCCUCCUGAGCCCAGCCCUAUUUGCUUCCGGACUAAGAAGCGAAGCCCUCUGCCUGAGGGGGAUAGGGACAAUGUGGGGGAAGGAGAAGAGGAAGAUCUGGGGAGUAGGGGGUUGGCUGGGGCUGUAGAUGAGGGAUCCAGCCACUUAACCCCUCUUCAGCUUAAUGGAGUAUCAGGACCAUGGCCUGCAGGGUCCAAGAAGGUUCGCCGGGUGCCACAGGCGGGAGCUGGGGAACUUCUAGAGGGCAUCUCUGAAGGCAUGGCAGGACUAGAGUGUUUUGGACAGGAGCUCCGGGAGCUGGAGGUGGCAUUGAGCAAUGGGGGGGCUGGCGCAGAGCUCCCCUUAGAGCCUCCACUACCUCUUGAGGAGGAGGAGGCCUAUGAGAGCUUCACCUGUCCCCCUGAGCCCCCAGGCCCUUUCCUCAGCAGCCCUUUGCGGACUCUCAACCAGCUGCCAAGCCAGCCCUUCACUGGCCCCUUCAUGGCUGUGCUCUUUGCCAAACUCGAGAACAUGCUGCAGAACUCCGUCUAUGUCAACUUCCUGCUGACGGGGCUGGUGGCCCAGCUGGCCUGUCACCCCCAGCCCCUGCUCCGCUCUUUCCUGCUCAACACCAACAUGGUCUUCCAGCCCAGUGUCAAGUCCCUGCUGCAGGUUUUGGGCUCUGUGAAGAAUAAGAUUGAGACCUUUGCAGCCUCCCAGGAGGACUUCCCAGCACUAUUAUCCAAAGCCAAGAAGUACCUCAUUGCACGUGGCAAGCUGGACUGGACCGAGGGCCCUACAGCAGGACCUGCUCUCCGCCGCUCUGAUCCCCUAAUAAAGAGCCGGAGACCAUCCUUGGGAGAGUUGCUCCUGCGGCAUGCACACAGCCCUACCAGGGCCCGACAAGCAGCACAGCUGGUUCUUCAGCCAGGAAGAGAUGGAACAGGACUUGGCCUAAGUGGGAGCUCCCCUGGGACUUCAACUCCUGUUCUCCCUCCCCGGGGAGGGGCCCCUGAGCGCCAAGGUGAGGCUCUUCGAGUCAAGAACGCUGUCUACUGUGCAGUCAUUUUCCCUGAGUUUCUCAAGGAAUUGGCUGCCAUCUCCCAGGCUCAUGCUGUGACCUCGCCUUUCUUGCUGGAUACUUCAGAGGAGGCAUCUGGCCCUCCCAUCUCAGGCUCUGGGCCCCUCAAUCCGUAACUUUCUUCCAUGGACAAUCAGGGCCUUAAAUGCUCUAGGCAGGGGCCUAGGCACAGGCUCCUUUUUAUGUUUGGAGGCAGUGGCAAGAAGACUUUUUAAUUUAUUUCAGAUGAAUGUUUUAUGGAGAACUUGUUGCAAUAUGUAUAAAAGGGAAAUCUCUA